UAUUAAAGUCGUAAUCGUACAAUCGAACAAUGUUUUUUAGGUCAAUGGAUUCGGUAUUACUGGAUGCGCGCGUGCUAUGCUCUCCAAUCGUAUUUCCUACUGGUUGGGUGUAACUGGGCCAAGUUAUACUAUUGACUCAGCUUGCAGUUCGAGUCUUUAUGCAAUGGAAAAUGCCUACAGAGCGAUCAACGAAGGACUUUGCGACGCAGCAAUAGUCGGAGGCGGAAACCUCUGCCUUCAUCCCUACGUUUCAAUGCAGUUCUGCAAACUCGGUAUGAGCAACCACUUUGAAUUGAUUAUGGAUUCUAUUGCGAAUCCAUUGCAAUGGAAUCUAUAAUCAAUUCAAAUAUGCUUAAUUGAAUCAUCACAUUAGGUGUGCUUUCAUCUGACAGUCGCUGCAAAUCUUUCGACGAAUCGGCCG